AUGUAUAAAACUAUUUUAUUGUUACCUAUAUUAGUACUUUUAAUUAUAAAAAAAGCAUUAGCACAGAAUUAUGCAAUACCAGCACCGGAUAUAGCAGAUUUUCCACAACCAAAUUCUACUCAAGGAAACUACGAAUACACAAAAUUGUUAGCAUAUUCGUUGUAUUUUUAUGAAGCACAACGUAGUGGAAAAUUACCAUUAGACAAUCGAGUAACUUGGAGACAUGAUUCUGCAUUAGAAGAUGGUAAAGAUGUUAAUUUAGAUUUAACAGGAGGGUAUUAUGAUGCAGGAGAUCAUUUGAAAUUCUCGUUCCCGUUAUCAUGGUCUCUUACUUCCUUGUCAUGGGGAGCUUACGAAUGGUACGAUGGAUAUCAAUCUGCUCAACAAACUACCAGAAUAAGAGAUAUGAUCAAAUGGGGUACUGAUUGGUUAAUUAAAGCGCAUUCUGAUCAACAAGUCUUAUAUGUUAUGAUCGGGGAUGAGAAUGUCGAUCAUAAUUAUUGGGGACCUGAUACUGGUAUACCAUUACCAAGACCCUCAUUGAGUAUAAAUGGCACUAAGCUUGGAACUGAUGCAGCAGCUCAAGCUGCUGCUGCGAUGGCAGCGGCGUCAUUAUUCUUUAAGGAUAAAGUACAAGACAUAGAUUAUUCUAAUACGUUAUAUCUUCAUGCUCAACAAUUAUAUGAUUUUGCGAGCAUAAAACCAUUUACCAAAUAUCAAUCAUCUGUUAAUCAAAUCGAAGGUUUAUAUGCAUCAUCAGGUUUUGCAGAUGAGUUAGUGUGGAGUAGUCUUUGGUUAUAUAAAUUAACUAAAAAUGCAACAUAUUUUGAUCUCGCAGUAAAUUAUUUCAACGAGUUUAAAUUAUCUGGAAGUAAUAAUGUCAUUAAUUGGGAUAGUAAAGCUGGUGUUGUAUAUAUUCUAUUUGUUCAAUGUGCAACAGAAUUAAACAGAGAUGAUGUUAAUAAUUGGAAGGCUGAAGCUGAGAGAUAUUUGGAUACUGUUGCUUCGCAAUCUUCAGAUCAAUGUAAAUUAACUAAAGGUGGAUUAUUUUAUUGUGACGGAGAUAGUGAUGCUGCUUCAUUGAAUCCCGCGUUAAAUGCUGCUUUCGCAUCGUUAUUAUAUUCACCAUUAAGUUCAUCACCUUCAAAAAAAGAUAGUUAUAUUAACUUUGCCAUGUCACAAAUCAAUUAUUUAUUGGGAAAUAAUCCGGCGAAAAUACCUUAUGUUAUUGGUGUUCAUCCAAAUUCGCCUCAAAAUCCUCAUCAUUCAGGUGCGCAGGGGGGAAACGAUAUGAAUGGACCAACUCUUAAUAUUCUCUAUGGAGGCAUUGUAGGUGGUCCCGAUAAACAUGAUGAUUAUGAGGAUAAGAGACCUAAUUAUAUUCAAUCUGAAGUUGCUUUAGAUUAUAAUGCUCCUUUUCAAAAUUUAAUGGCUUAUCAAGUUAUUAAUUCUAAGGAUGAUCCUUAUUAUGUUACUUUACCUCCCGGAAGACCAUCUCGAACAAAUGUUGCUCUUAUCGUUUCAUUGGUUAUUGUUGCUAUUAUAAUUAUUAUUGGUAUUGGUGGUUUUAUUUAUUGGAGGAAAACUCGAGGGCAGAAAUAA